UUUAUAGAGGGGAAAAAAAUAGAGUCGUUGGUAAUUUUUUUUUUUUUUUUUUGAUUUGUAUUUUGUAAAAUAUAUCCGUUGCAAAAUUACAACGGAUAUAUUUAAAACAGUGCAAACGUGUCAAGCAGCGGCUGGAGCUUCAACAGCAAAACAACGUCGUUUUCAUGGAAAUGCUUGCUCCUGCAAUCGAACCCAUGACCACUCAACAUGAACCAUUAAAGGUUUGCCAUUAAGCCACCACUUUAUUUGUUUAUUCAUUGUGAACAAUUAAAUAGUUCACCCUUAAAGAUGCCCUUAGUAUCACAAUAUUGCAAUCAAACCCUUACCUAUCCGUUGCCUAAAACCCCACCCUAAAACUCCGUCAAACAUCUUCAUCUCCAUCUCAAAGCUUCACAAUCAACAAUGGGGUUACCGCAAUGUCUAGGCGGAGCAACCUUCCACACCUUAAAAAUGGCGGGCAUUCCUCCUCCCAUUUUCAGACCCCUUUUGACCACCCCAUCUCUGAACCUUCUUCUUCUACCUCGCCCCAUUAGACUCCCCCAUCUGCCAUUUCCUUCACUUCUUCGCCCAUUUUCUCUCUCCUCUGCCGUCGCCUCCGCCCAAGCAACUCCCUCCGCCGCACCCACAACUGCCUCAUCUGAUUCAGGGUUGAAGACUCAGUGGAAAGCAACGGUUGAUUUCAAGUGGAUUAGGGAUAACAAAGAUGCAGUUGCUGCUAAUAUAAAGAACAGGAAUUCUACUGCUAAUUUGGAUUUGGUUCUUGAGCUUUAUGACAAGAUGCUUACUCUUCAGAAGGAGGUUGAGCAGCUUCGUGGGGAAAGAAAUGCAGUGGCAAACAAAAUGAAAGGAAAACUGGAACCAUCUGAGCGUCAGAAGCUGAUAGAAGAAGGUAAGAACUUGAAGGAAAAACUUGCUAGCCUGGAGGAAGAUCUCCUCAGACUAACAGAUGAGCUUCAGCAGGAAGCUCAAUGUAUUCCAAAUAUGACUCAUCCGGAUGUGCCAAUAGGAGAUGAAAAUUGUUCAGUGUUGAGAAAAAUGGUUGGUAGGCCACGUGAAUUUGGCUUUCCUAUCAAGGAUCACCUUGCACUAGGCAAAGAGCUUGAUCUUUUUGAUUUCGAUGCUGCAGCCGAGGUUAGUGGCUCCAAAUUUUACUACCUGAAAAAUGAAGCAGUCAUGCUAGAAAUGGCCCUUGUUAACUGGACUCUUUCAGAGGUCACAAAAAGAGGUUUUACUCCUUUGACAACCCCAGAAAUUGUGAGGGCAUCUGUUGUAGAAAAAUGUGGGUUUCAACCUCGGGCAGAGAAUACACAGGUUUAUACUAUUUCAGGUUCUGAUCAGUGCCUCAUAGGCACCGCUGAAAUACCAUUAGGAGGACUUCAUAUGGAUUCUAUUCUUUCUGAAUCAUCAUUACCUUUGAAGUAUGUUGCUUAUUCACAUUGCUUCCGGACUGAGGCAGGGGCUGCUGGCGCCGCAACAAGAGGGCUUUACCGAGUGCAUCAGUUUAGCAAGGUUGAGAUGUUUGUCCUGUGUAGACCUGAGGACAGUGAUACAUAUCUUGAAGAGCUUAUUGGAAUUGAAGAAGACCUCUUUACAGCCUUGGGUUUUCACUUCAAAACCCUGGAUAUGUCAUCUGCAGAUCUAGGGGCUCCUGCUUUCCGUAAGUUUGAUGUGGAAGCAUGGAUGCCAGGAUUGGAACGUUAUGGUGAGAUAUCAAGCGCCUCAAAUUGUACGGACUAUCAAAGUCGUCGGUUAGGGAUCCGAUACCGCCCAGAAUUGCCGUCUAUGAAUCAGAAGAAGGCUAAGAAUACCCCAACACAGUUCGUGCACACUCUAAAUGCUACAGCAUGUGCAGUGCCACGUAUGAUUGUUUGUUUGCUGGAGAAUUACCAACAAGAGGAUGGCUCGGUUAUCAUUCCCGAGCCACUUAGGCCCUUUAUGGGCGGGAUUGAGCGGAUAACUUAUAAAUUCCGAUAGGAGUAGCUCUUAUAAGCUAAGCUCUACCUUCAUUUUUGGAUUCGAGAUGUAUAUUUGGCGAUUUUUACAUCUUCCUAAAUCCUAAAGUCUUCAAUGCAAAUUAGAGUUGAGAAUAGGUUGAAACAGUUUGCUAAUGAUUUCAUAGACUUGAUAUAAAAUUUUACUACUCAUUUUAUAAUACAAGGCCAAGUUUUACUGUUGU